AUGAGUGAAAGAGGUUACGAUUAUGGAGAAAUAAUUGCAGUGUACGGCGACCUGGUGUGCCGGCUGACCGGUUUCCUGGGGCUGACCCUGUGGUCUGUGUGCGUGUACACCUUCAUGUGGAUGUCCGUGGACCGGUACCUGGCCAUCCGCAAGCCCCUGCGCUAUGACGUCAUCCAGACGCGCACGCGCUGCCAGUGCUGGAUGGUGUUCACGUGGCUCACCUCGCUCUCGCUGUGUUCGCCGCCCCUGCUCGGCUUCAGCCAGGGCCGCUUCUACGCCCCGGCCCACGUGUGCAUGCUGGACCUGGGCCACACGCUGCCCUACAGCGCCACGCUGGCCGCCCUGGUGCUUGCGCCCUCGCUCCUCACCGCCACCUACGCCUACUGGUACGUGCUGGCCACGCUGUGGCGCCUGCGCAGAUGCCUGAGGCGGGAAGACUACGCCACCGCCCUGGGCGAGAACCUCGCCAACCCCGACCACCUGAUAGCACUGGUGCUGAUGUUGCUCUUCUGGCUCUCGUGGGCGCCCUGGCUCGGGAUCAGGCUCUACGAGAUGGCGGCGACCGAGUCGCCGCCCCUUCCCGCCGCCCUGCACUUCUGGCUCUUCUGGCUGGGCGUGGCGGACUGCAUGUGGAAGUUCUUCGUCUACCUCGCCAUGAGCCCCAAGUUCCGCCUCAGCCUCAAGAGACUCUGCCUCUGCCUCUGUUGUAGGAGGGGCUCCAACAGACAGCAGCCCCUCAUCGUCUGA